CCGAUGGGCGAGGCGGCCAUGUCCUUUCGCUGUGAGAGGAGCGGACGGCGGGACGAGCAUCACUCCCCGGCGGGCAGGCGGACGAACGAGGAAAGAGCGCUGACAGGGGCAGCUUGGCAGGCGGGGGACAGUGCUCAGGCUGCUCUGGGCUCUCGAGAGGCCUUGGCCUACGGGAGAUGGCGGGUUGAAUUUGAGGCAGAACUGAAAUGUGCUGGUGACAAGCUUGUAGUAGUUGAUUUCUCUGCCACAUGGUGUGGACCAUGCAAAAUGAUCAAGCCAUUUUAUCAUAGUUUGUCUGAGAAGUAUAGUGAUGCGAUAUUCAUAGAAAUAGAUGUGGAUGAUGCCCAGGAUGUUGCUUCACAUUGUGAUGUGAAGUGCAUGCCAACGUUCCAGUUCUACAAGAAUGGAAAUAAGGUGCAGGAGUUCUCUGGGGCCAAUAAAGAGAAGCUGGAAGAGACCAUUAAAAGUCUAGUCUAAUCUCCAGCCAUGAAGACAUUGAAGCAUGACUGCUUUGGCUAAAUUACAGCCUGCAACUUUUCUACUUAAAAAAAUAAACAAGCUAGCUAGAUUAAAUGGUGCAAACUAUCUUCUUGGUCCAUGUAUAUGAGUAAAAUAAAGUAUGAACUCUUCA